AGGAAUAGGGGAUGAUCCCGGUGAAUGGGGGCAGCCUCCUGCUGGAUGCCUCAUACUCGGGUCAGUGGGGAGGGAAGGUCGAGACAGAAUGAAAACCUGGUGUCGAGGUCUCCGGACAUUUAUCUAAAUACUGAGUGAUCGGGACACCAUGAUGUGGUUUUCGUGGAGAGGGUCGAUGGUGUAAACGCAAGUGGACGGAGAAGAAGCGCACUGCAAGUCACAAGGGCUGCCGGUGGAGGCAGUGGGGAGGAAAGCGAUGGCUGAGAUUGUGGAGGGUGGCUGUGCCGGGCCUGUGGGCACAGACGGCACAGACUGGCAGAAGAGAUGCGUUGCAUUGGAGAUGCAGCUCCUGAAGUUCCGACUGCAGGCCGUGAAGAUUCGAGAGCUACUGGCUGAGAAGAUGCAGGAGCUGGAACAGAGGGUGACAGAAGCUGACCAGAGGGCCGAUAUUGCUGAGAAGCAGGUCCGAGUAAUGGAAGAGAAGCUCAAAUCAGCCAAUGUGCAGCCUAGCGAAUCAGAAAAUGCCUUAUACAGAAGGUAUCAAGAAGUAACCAAUCAAGUGCAAGAAAAAGACUCGACGAUAAAGAGGUUGGAACUGCAGUUGGAGAAACAGAAUAUAAUCAGAGCCCAGGAGGCGAAGAACAUUGAAGAGAAAGCUGCCAAGAUUAAGGAAUGGGUCACCUUCAAGUUGAGGGAGAUGGAGGUAGAGAACAGUCGACUGAAGAUGGCUAAUCUGAAACAGGCCGAGCAGAUUCAUAUGCUGCAAGAGAAACUGCAAGCUAUUUCGGAAAGUCCGACAUUUCCUGCCCCCACAGACUCUCACCUCGUCCCCUCUAGCCCCAUUUACCCCCCAAGUUGUCCCGACACCCUGUCAACCUUCCAUGAAAACUGGUUGCAGACUGGACCGCACCUGCCUUCCUCCCCAGCUGUUGGCUCUCCAGACCUGAAGAAAAGAGGGUUGGAGAGCGUUGACCCUUCAUCACGCAAUCAUCCAUUCCGUGAGAGGAUGGACUUCGGUAUGAGCUCCGGCUCUGACCGGCCGGCUCUUGAUAAGGAAGAUACUGGGACUUCAGUGUCAGGGCUGGAAGCUCAUGUUCCUGGAAUCAUCUCAGGGCAUCCAAGCAUCCAUGUAGUCAGAGGACCAGGGAUGAGUAAGCCAGGCUGUGGGCCAGAGGGCACAGGAGAGCAGAUGUCCUGCAAACAGCAGUCCGAAGUGGGGACUGGGCAGGAGCUGAGGGUGGCAGAGAUCUCUGAAUGGGACCACACCAAUGACCUUAAUGGCGUACUACGCUCCCAUCACCCAAGCUCUUCUUCCUCAUCCAAUGACAUCGCUGCCGCCACCCCAUGUGGCACGCCCGCCUUUGCACCAAACAGCCCGCCCCGGGCCCAGCUUACCCCAACCCUGCCCUCCGGCGCUAGCAUGACUCUGCCCAAAGUACGGACACCUCUCAUCCCUCGUGACAGCAUCCAGCUGGUGAAGAAGCACCACAGCCAGCCGCAACCAGACCUUGAGAAGCUGCACCACGUCAGCGUCAACAUCGACAUCGGCUGCCCGACAGCUCAGCUCCAGCCCCGCCUGCUACCCGCCUCACAUCAGCCCCCCCUGGUGGAGGAGACAGAUAUUGACGAGGUGUCUGACAGCAUGGACAUGGCUGUGGAGGGCUCUGAUGGAGCCGGUACCUCCCACAGAGUCUCUUUCAUUGGGUUUCCCGAGCAGCUUGAGUUCCUGGACCACGACAUCCGGAAACCUCCCACCCCUCCUCUUCACCGCUUUCCGUCGUGGGAGAGCCGCAUCUACGCACUGGCGACAUCUGGAAUGAGGGUUUCCGAGGCGACUCCAGUGGCCUCCGCUCCAAACAGAGGGUCCAGCUUACCCCAGUACCCGGCUGCAGGUCCAUUCGCGCACCUGAUUUACAGAAAUGUCAGUGUCCCAGUCUACACCACUAUCAAAGGAAAAGCCACCCAGAUCAGCAGCGUCCCGCUGCCCGAUGGGGAGUCCAGCUCCGAGGAUGACAGCAGCUCGCUCGCCAGCCUCCGCACCUCCACACUGGGACAAGAGGGGAGAAAGGGCAGCAUUCCAGGGAGUCCCAGAGCAAUCAAGAGGGGUGUGUCUGUGUCGUCGGUCAGCUCAGAAAGUGACUACGCCAUCCCACCGGAUGCCUACUCCUUGGACAGUGAUUACUCUGAGCCGGAGCACAAACUGCAGCGCACCUCCUCCUACUCCUGCGAGAAUGGCACCCCCGAGCCCCUGGAGAAGAGCGGGUACUUGUUGAAAAUGGGGAGCCGGGUGAAAGCGUGGAAGCGACGAUGGUUUGUUCUGAAGAACAACGAGAUGCUUUACUACAAAUGUCCAAAUGAUGUCAUCAGGAAGCCACGGGGGCAGACUGAGCUGAACCCCUCCUGCAAGAUUGUCCGUGGGGAGGGGACACAGACCUUCCAGUUGAUUACAGAGAAGAAAACCAUCUUCCUGACUGCAGACUCCCCCAGUAUUCUUGAAGAAUGGAUCCGGGUGCUUCAGAAUGUUCUCAAGGUCCAGGCUCUUAGUCCCGUCACUGUGGAGACCACAGCCAAACCCACAGUGCGAGGCUGGCUGACUAAGGUGAAACACGGACACUCUAAGCUGGUGUGGUGCGUUCUGAUUGGCAAGGUGUUUUACUAUUACCGUAACCAGGACGACAAGUUUCCGCUCGGACAACUGUGCAUGCGGGGAGCCGGGGUGGAGGAGGUGGACAGGUCAUGUGACUCCGAUGAGGACUACGAGGCAGGAGGGCGGGGCUUCCUCUCCUCGCACUGCACCCUUGUGGUGCACCCCCAGGAUCAGAGCCCGACCUACCUGCUUAUCAGGACCAAGCAAGAGAAGGAUACCUGGCUGUACCACUUAACUGUUGCAGCGGGCAGCAGUGCCAGCCAAAAGGUGGGCACCGAGUACGAGAUGCUCAUCUGCAAACUGCUAGACGUGGAUGGAGAUCCAGACUCGGAGCUGUGGACCCUGGCUGCCCUGUGCUUUAGCCGGGACGGCCUGCGAUCACCCCUCACCACCUUACCCUCAGAAGCCCUGCAGACUGAGGCGCUCAAGCUCUUCAAGUCCUGUCAGCUGUUCAUCAACGUGCUGGUGGAGUCGCCCUCCGUCGACUACCACGUGUCGCUAGCCCAGAAUGCACUGCAGGUGUGCCUGACACACCCGGAGCUGCAGAAUGAGAUAUACUGUCAGCUGAUUAAACAGACCAAUGGCCGCACACCAAACAACUAUUCCCUGACACAGUGCUGGCAGCUGCUGUCCAUAUGUGUCGCCUUGUUUCUGCCCCAACAACAUUUCCUGUGGUACCUGAAGCAGUACCUACAGCGCCAUGCAGACCCGAGGAGUGAGGUUGGGAAGUACGUGGUGUACUGCCAGAGGUCCGUGGAGCGAACGCUGCAGAACGGCGAGCGGGAGGCCAAGCCGUCUCGCAUGGAGAUCCUGUCCAUCCUGCUGAGGAACCCCUACCACCACUCUCUGCCAUUCAGCAUCCCCGUGCACUUCAUGAACAAUACUUACGAGGUGGUUGGGUUUGAUGGGUCCACCACAGUGGAGGAGUUCCUCGCCAUACUUAACCAGAAGACAGGGAUGCGGAAGCCAGUCCUCUCUGGGUUUGCCCUUUUCACCGAUGAUCCUUCAGGGAAGAUCCUGGAACACUGUUUGCAGCCCAGUGUCAAGAUCUGUGACGUAAUAUCAAAGUGGGAACAGGCACUGAAAGAACUGCAUCCUGGGAAAUAUGAGGGUUCUCGCAUCGUCCGCCUUACGUACAAAAACAGGUUGUGUUUCAGAGGCCAGGUAAAGGGUGAGACGGAGCGAGAGCGACUCCUACUGGCGUAUCAGGUGAAUGAAGAAGUGCUACAAGGUCAUUUUCCCGUCAACAAGGAGCUGGCCCUGGAGUUAGCUGCCCUCAUGACUCAGGUAGAACAUGGUGAUCUGGAGCGUCCGGUCUCCUCCAGCCCCAGCUGCUUCCAGCCUAAACUCCAUCAGAUCCUUAUGCAGGUUCUGGAACGGUUUUACCCAAAACGGUACAAACAGGACUGCAGCAUUGACCAGCUAAGGGAGCUUGCAGAGAGGCUCACAGCCAAGUGGACGGUGCUGCGGGGGUGCAGCACAGCCGAGUGCGUGCGGAUCUACCUGACGGUGGCGCGAAAGUGGCCCCUCUGUGGGGCCAAGCUUUUCAGCGCCAAGCCUGUGCCCCCGUCUGCCCUGGAGGAGACACAAGUAUGGCUAGCGGUCAGUGAGGACGGGCUCCACGUGUUGCAGCAUAACACUAUGCACCUGAAGCUGACAUACUCCUACCAAUCGGUGAUCACCUUUGGCGGCUGCCGUGACGACUUGAUGUUGGUGGUAAAUCAAAGCCGUGACCAAGAUUUGGGAAAGAAGACUGCUGAGAAGCUGGUCUUUGCUAUGGCCAAACCCAAGAUUUUGGAGUUGACCCUCUUGAUGGCCAGCUACAUCAACUACUGGACUUCCACUCUGCCCCCCAGUGCACCCCUGUUGCCAGAUCACUGCUCCUCUCAUGAACCCCAGGGAGACAGGAAACUGUGGGAUAUGGACAGCAAGCACUUCCCUUCCAUGACGCGGACCACCAAAAGCCCCACACUGCUGUGACAGCAUUAUAACACCAUUAAAAUGAUAGAAUAGGACUUUAAAAUCCCAAUGAGGGACUGUGCCUGGUUUUACAAAGGAUGUGAAAUCAUUUCUCAUUAAACACAAUCAGCCAAUGCUUUUACAUUCGUGGCAUGAGCUUCUUACAAGAAAAGAAGUGAAUUUAAAUAUUCUGCAAUAUGUUUCAAUAUGAUCAGCGGGUGUGAAAUAAAUUGCCCUUAAAUGUAUUAAUAUUUUACAGGAUCAUUUUGUUGUAGACAUAUGCUGCUUUUAUAGCUGUGAUCAAAGUCUCGUGUCACAUGCUCUUACAUCAGAAGGAAGCUUACAGUAGUGGCUGAUCAUAAAAACUCUAAAUUGAACACAGUAAAGGGCAAUUAAAAAUGCUGAAUUCCUUUUGGUCCGGGGUUUGAACCAGGCCUUGGGACCACGUGCAGGAGAUAUAAUCAGAAAGCAAAACUAGCAGAUUAAUACCUCCGGACCUGGUUUAUGGAUUUCUCUCAACUGCUCACCUGUGCCAGAUACCUUCUUUAUUGUUUAGUUAAAAAAAACUAGUUUGACUUUUUACAGAUAGCAAGCCGUGGUAGAAUUGGCCUUAGCAGUUUCUGGGGGGAGGUGGUCGCUGUAAAAGCGCUGUAGUGGCUGUUAAGGCAGCACACUGGGUAUGUAACAGAACUCGGAUCUGUAUUUGAUUUAAGGUGGACACUUUAUUUCUCUUUAUCUCAAAUGCUUGAAGUGCCUCAUCAGAGGUUUCAGUUGAUUAGAAAGCAAAUAGUGUAAUUGUGUCUUUAAAUAACUGUGGUUUCAUUCAGGUCUUUUGUUAGUUGAUUGUUUAACUUCUAAGUCUUUUCACGGCAUAGGUGUGCAGGUGUAUUCGAUGUUUCAUCUAACUACUGACAUCAGAAUUAGUCAUCGUGCAUAAAUGAAUAGCCUUCCUUUAUAUGACUGGAUUCAGGAGGAAAGAAAACUAAUUUUCGUCAGAUUUCUUUUGAGAGGGUAUAAAACAGCAAAUGUGGAUCAAUUACUGUUCAUAUUUAUGUGAGCUGUAGUGGUAGAAAAUUAUUAAUAUUAAAGCAAUGAAAGAGAUGUAAACCAAAGGGUACAUUUUUCAGGACUACGACAAAAUCAUUGUGAAAUCUGCAAAUGGUUAAUGAUGCACUUACUCAAGUGACUGAUUAACACAUUGUUUUUUAGGUACUGUUUAUUCGGUGUCAGUAAAAUGAAACAUUUUUAUAUUAUGAGUAACAGGUCUAAUCAUGGUAUUUGUCCUCAUCAGGCUAAAAAUAGUCAAUGCCUUUACAACUAGGUGACAGAGUUAGUAUGGUGAUGUUUAGUGUAAUUUUGCUUUUAUUUUCACUUACUGUUUUGAAACGUUCCAAAAUAACUUGAUGCCUGACCCUUUGUUAAGCGGUCGGUUUUUCCUUGAGCAGUUAAAUGUUUAUUAAAAAAUAAAUAAAACCUGUUGCUGACUUGAGGGGUAUGAUGGUACUAACUUGUUUGGCUUUGGAAAAAAACUUGAAUGAGGAUGAGAUUAAAAGCGACACACCUCAUUGUCCGAUACCUCACGCUCACUGAGUUGGAAAGGCCAUCCUAUAGAAGGGAAGGUAUCGGCAUCAAGAACAGGCAAAAUCCUUGAACGUUUCCUGGAUCAAACCACUGUCUUUUGUUGUUCGUUAUUUUCUUUCUAUUUGAACUGUUUGUUGUUGCAGUUUGUAAUAAAUGUUUUUUUCAUAA